GGUCCGUUCAACCGGGUUUGAUGCAGCGUGGGAGGAAUUUGAAGACCGUUCCCGGCUUUGACCGUCCUUGACCGUUCUUGACUGUAUGUUGCGCUUGUACGUCUGUAUGUGUCAUGUAGUGUAGCCCAGUCAGGCGAUUAAUGUGUAUUUCGAUGAGCGAAUGUGAAUCCGAGAUUGUUUGUUAUGUCUGUGAUGGUAGUCGAGAAAUGCAUUUGCCAUGUUUGCAGACAUUUACAUUUACUCACGUGGUGAUUGUGGAUUUAUUAAGUGAGCAGGUGGGGCGAUAAAUCCCCAACAGCUUCAUCGAUCACCACGCUAACGCUUAUUUUAGUAUCAUACAUCCCCCAUCCUCUUUUUUUCUUUUCUUUCUGAAAUUUUAUCCUGAUCGAAAUCCACUUGAUCAAUUUGACCUGUCUCUUGUUCUAGUAUUGAUCUAUCCCCUUCUGAGACCCUUCUGCUGGAGAGCAACCAGCCAUGGCAGGCGACGACAAUUUAAACCGCGAUAGAGAUUCUUCUGCGCAUAGCUCUCAACUAUGGCCCGAUGACGACAACCCGUUCGUUGCUUUCCGUCGCUUUGCCGACGAACAGAUUUCCUCGAUGUUACAGUCAGUAACGGGGCUGCCGUCGAUGGUCACUGCCCCGCCACCCGAUCAUUGGUCUAUUUUCGCAGACGACAGAUACUACAAAGAUGCGCAUACUCGCCAAAGACAAAGCGGUGACGGCAACGAAGGGGACCUUUAUGCGGGGUCAGAAACUGGCGCAUCAUCUGGAUCAACUGAUCAUUCACCGUCGCGGUCGUGCUGGCCAGGAUCAGAUGAUCCUUGGCAGUCCCAUCGUACCAGAAGACAGAGUCCGCCUCACGAUCCUUUCGAUAUCGACUUCUUUUUCGAUUCCUUCUUCGAUAGGUUCUGGUUCGAUGACCGCGUUUCUUCCCGUUUCUUCCAUCCAUACGAUAGGCCCCUGUUCUCAAGCAUGGUAAACGAUGAAUCUCUGGCCUGGCCUGUUACCUACCUCAUGUUCAGCCCUUACUCCCCUCUGCAUUUGGAGCGUCAGGCACAAUAUCGGUCCAGUCGUGAACGUGGAGUAUUCUCGUCUCUCAUGUCUACUCUGAAUCUUUCUGCUGAACACGAUCCCGCAGAGCCCCAGUGGCGGGAGGCUUUUGAGGAUCUUUUGCGACUUGAGAAUGGCAAGCCUAUGCUCGACAGGGACCCUGCAGACAUCAGCAAGAGGGAAUCGGGGAAGGACUGGCUACAGGGGCUGGUCAAACGCGGUAGUCUUGGGGAUCGUUUCAAGUACAUCUCUGGAACAGAAGGCCGACCGUGGUCGGCUAUCACGUUCGAUAAUUCGAAGAACACAGAAGAUGGCCGCAGUCUGGCCGAGGGGAAAGCCUCGAGUAAUAGCGCAAAGGCGGAAAUUAGUUGGGGUGACGCUGAGCCUGAGUCAUUAACAGAGCUAGAUAUGUACGACCGUUUCCUUGCGGACAUUGAAGCCCGUGAGCGGGAGUUCUUCAAGGAUGCACAGGAAAGCCCUCUCCUGCGUCUUCUCUUUGAAGAUAAAUACAGAGUCCCAGAUAACAGAGCAUCGCUACGGAAAGAAAACCAGGCUGAAGACACGGAAAGCAGCCUAGACCAGGUGUCUGGCGAAAACCAGAAGACUGUUUCAGAGACAGACUCUCAAUUGGCCACCAAUAUCUCUCCUGCGGAGACCAAGUCGGUGGCCGAGAAAAGUCGCUACGUCAUAUCCACAAGAAGUUCAACAGAGCGUAUCCGACUUCCUGAUGGAUCGAUUCAGUCAAAGACCGUAAAGACUCAGCGGUUCGCAGAUGGCCGGGAAGAGAGCAAUGAAUUUGUCGAAGUGAUCAAUCCUCUGCAGGCUAGUAGGGAAUCUACUAGUCCAGCUAGUCCAGAGGGAGCUCCAACUGAUGAAAAACCAAGCGGCUGGUUCUGGAAGGGAAAAUAGGUCGAGAGAUCUCAGCUUCCCAUCGUUACUUUUCUCAUCAUAUUUUCUUUCACACUACUCUACUUUACCUACCCGCCUUUCAUUCCUUUCCUAUGUCUUGUCUGCUUAGCGCUGCGUUUUCUGAAUUGGCGUCUUGUAAACUGUUCCUAUUCCAAUUUACCACAUAACCUUUUUCAGAUUGACUCAUUGGCAAACAUUAUGCUAGUCACAUUCAUAUAUCCAACUCUUAUGCCGUGUAUUGGUUACCUGGCUAUGCUAAGUCGUCUCUUCAAGGUGCAAAUCUUCCAGAUUUUACACAUUUCAACUGAUGUUCCAUGGCAUGUAUCUCUUUAGUAUAUUCCUUCAACACAUAUGACCGCGUUUAUAUAACUGGUAGCUGAGCUAAAUCCAUCUAGUCUGCCUUGACGUUUUUCUUCUGUGCUUUGCCAGCAGUCCACCCCUUUGAUUCCCAGU